UUCUUUUGUGUAUUUUUAUCAUCUUUUCAAUGUACUCCUGGGGAGGAAGGGGUAUAGUCGUAUGCGCCCAACCUUCAUAUAUGUAAUCCUGAUCCCUGGACACAGUGGGUGAGCACCUAAGUGAGGCCAAGAAUAACGGAGAGUUUUGCAGUGAGGCCUGAGAAAGAGAAGUAACCCUCUGUGUGAUAGACUGUGAAGAAUAAAGCUCCAGAACUUUUAGGGUGGGGGACAGCACCAUGUUUCCAACUGUGUGCACUACAGCAGAACUGAGAAACACUGGGAGAGAAACCUUUAAGGAGGCCUAGUUACAUUUCAUCUUUGGUUUCCUGGGGACACCCCUGUAUCAUUAUAAUAAAUGUCCUGCUUGUACUAACUCUUGGGAAUUUCUGUCACUUACAAGUAAGAAGGCCAAAAAUCACAUGUUUGGCCUCCCUGAAACCUAUUACUCAAGUAAGGUUGGCUGUUGGGGAAGAGGGCUUGGCUAGGUAUGGUAGCUCAUGCCUUAAUCCCAGCACUUUGGGAGGCUGAGGCGGGAAGAUCACUUGAAGCCAAGAGUUCAAGACCAGCCUGGGCAAUAAAGUCAGAGCCAGGUGAGGCGGCACAUGCCUGUAAUCCCAGGAGGCUGAGGCAGGAGAAUCACUUGAGCACAGAAGUUUGAGGCUGCAGUGAGCUAUGAUGGCAUCACUGCACCCCAACCUGGGUAACAAAGCAAGACUCUUUUUCUAAAAAAUAAUGAUAAUAAUAAUUUAAUAAACACCCUGCUUGCCACCUUUGUAAAAUGAGGAGAAGGUAGGAGUAAAAGGAGGCUCUUUUCUCUUAGCCUGAUUUUCAUGGUUCUGUCCACAAACUUGAGCCAGGGGAUACAACUCACCUCCUCCACCUCUCAGAGGUCAUUUUCUCAAACUCUCAGAAACGCUGUAUAACUUCAGCUUGUUACAUGCAAAAAUGGCAAAAUGUUCACCAGGAAACAAAAAUAAUCUCAUGUUUGUGCAGCCUUAAGGAAGCCGCUUUCCCACUUAAAAAUCCAGCCCUUUUCUUUUCUGUAACUUCGUAUUUUAUCUUCCCUAAUUUUCCAUUUUAUUAAAGCUUUUACUUUUGGGAACUGCUAUCUUAUAGGGGAGAUUUAAGAAAUAAUUCCAAUCUCCCUUCCAAAAAUAUUACUAUAAUAACAUUAACAUAGAAACUCAGUUUGCCCAAACCAACAUGAUGCCUUCUUGGUUAAAAGAUCUCUAAGGGCAAAACCCAGGUCGUUGGAUGGUUUUUAUGCUACGCUAAAAACUGAGUGGGAAUAUGGCAGCUAACCUUUAACAAUUUAUAAACGCUAUGACCUUACAAAAAUAGGCCGACGAAGCAGGAUUAUAGGCCUAUCUGGGAUUGAAUAACUUUGUUAAAAUUAAGCAUAAAAUAGGAACCAGAUCAAGAAGACAUUUUAUGCAAUCUUAAUUUUCUUCCCUCUCUUUGCUUAGCUGGGGGUUGGUGAGGGGACUUUCUCUAGGAACUUAGUGACUCUGAUGUCUUAGUAGAUGCGGUGGAACCAGCUCUGUCUACAGAACCGCGGGCUUCAGUGGCGUCUUCCUAACCGGGCUUGCCUGCCGGGGGCGUUCCGAGACCCUCAGGGCCUUUCCUUCACUCCGCGGAAGCUGGACGGGCGGCGCUGGUAAGGCCUCCCGGGCUCAAAGUGCAACGGACACUGCAGAAAUCCAAACUGCUGGCAUUCGCGGUUUGGGGACGCCAGAGGAGGUAAUGAUUUCUGGUUUGUUAACCUCAAGUGACAAUAAUGCCGAGCCAGGCAGGAGCUGGACCUACAGUCUUCUGAUGCGUGGUCAGACACGUUAUCCAUUGCGCCAGUGGCCUACCACGCAACUCCUUCACUCGCCGUUGGAUUACUGCGUGUUGAGAACACACUCGGCAACCACUUUAAAGGACAACGCAGGCUGGUAAAAGAAAAGUACCACGAGGUGAGGCGGUGGAAUCGCAGAGUCUUGGCACCGCGGACCGCAGACACCUGGGUUGAGGGCCUUUCCCGGGUCAGUCAGGCUAACGAGCCGGAGCGUAUUGUCUUUCUGCGCACGCGUAGAGCACACAGUCCGGCUCUGGGGUUCUGCGCUCCUCGAAUUACGCAUGCUCAGUGCAAUCUCCGGCUGCCUGGACUGGCGCUCCGGUUUUUCUGUGCUGAACCUCACGGGCGCUGAUAUACGCACUCGUCCCUUCGAUAGCUCAGCUGGUAGAGCGGAGGACUGUAGCUACUUCCUCAGCAGGAGACAUCCUUAGGUCGCUGGUUCGAUUCCGGCUCGAAGGAGACAAGGGCGGUCUUUUUUCCAGCUCCCGAUGACUUACGGCCCUUUCCUUGGGUGCCUUCAAUGACACACUGCAUUCCAAGGAGCAGUUGGAAAGUCUAGCGCUUUCUCCCCAUUUUGGGUCUCCCAACCUGCACGGUAAUUCUUUUUAGCGAUUCGCCCUGCGGGAACGUGCCCGGGCAGGUUCCCAGCGCAACUGUGGGUCUGCGCUCGGCCGAGCGACUGCCGGGUCACGACUUCUCCGUCUUUCUAACCCGUCUUUGGCAUUGCCCGGGCCCCCGAGUCACACAGGAGGCAGCGCCGGCUCCAGGGGGCCAGGCGAGGAACUCCUGAGAGCCCCGGGCAGCUUCUGCGACCCAAGGGCUCGCAACGGCUGCCGUGAGGAGGUGAGGGGGUCCGCGGGAAGAGGGAUCUGGUGCUCCCGGAACCUGGGAAUCAGAAAGAGAGAGAACACAAUACUAAAAACACGAAGCCUAAAAAAUGACACAAUGUUAUGGAGACAAGGCGUCACCGGGGCAAUUGUGCCCGCUCCCUUCGAUAGCUCAGCUGGUAGAGCGGAGGACUGUAGGCGCGCGCCCGUGGCCAUCCUUAGGUCGCUGGUUCGAUUCCGGCUCGAAGGAGAGACGUUGUUAUUUUGUUGCUUUGGUCCAAAAAAAACCUAUCUUCAGUGCUCAAUGUUCUGACCCUUCUCUAGAGGAACAGAUAAUAAGCCCUGCCCAGUCGUGGGGGAUUAGCUCAAAUGGUAGAGCGCUCGCUUAGCAUGCGAGAGGUAGCGGGAUCGAUGCCCGCAUCCUCCAGUUUUCUUUACGGUCCCUUACGGUUUUUCUUUCGAUUCUCUUAUCCCAAACUAGAGCUGAAAAGUCAGACAAGUCAAGUGAAGAGUACGGCGAGCUCCAGCUUACCACUCUAAAACUUCCCAGACAAGAAGUGGUGGGCGCUAGCAGUGUAUUCUUCUAGCUUUAAAUUUUUAGACCCAUUUAAUUGGGGGAAAUUCACGAAACUGGUUAUUUUUGCUUCAAAAAUGGCGACAGAUUGCCGUCACAUGUAUUAUCACUCAGAAUCCUUUAUGAUUUGUGAUAAGAUGGCUGCAUUUCCAGGGACUCAUCUGAGGCUAAGCUGCCCAUAGUUCGGGGAGACCCACAGGGAAAACAAAACAAGAAACAGAACUUGGAAACGGACGCUGAUUACUUUGAACGUUUGCUCAACCGAGGAAGCAGGAACUGUUCGGCCCCAUCUCAAGUCCGCAGGGCGGGCUGCCUGGCUCUGGGCAGAUCCGAGGUGGAUAGGACAAGGCAAAAGGUAGCCCUGGAGAGGUGGAUACCUUUAUGGUGAAGGGAUUUGGAUUUGAAUUUAGCUUUUAAAUUGGAAUUUUUCAAAGACCACAACCCCAGCUGGCAAAGAUGAAAUACUUAACAUUAAGAAAGUCUUUUUGAUGAUUGCCUUUGUGAAGCCAGGAUAACAAUUUUCAAGACAUGUUUUGUUCAUUUUCACCUAAGAAGGUGCUAUUAGGCUACUUUCGGUGACUCAAUUCCUACACUCUCAAGACGGGGCUGGCAUUAGUUACACAGACUCUGUGCUGCAUUCUGCCCCUUCCUGGAGAAGCCAUCGCCAAGUUCUCAAUGAGUGCUCACAGAGGGCAUGGUUCAGUGGCUAGGCAUGCACAUUUGCAUUUGUUGUUGACAACUGUCAGCUUCGACCUCCUUCUCCUCACAACCCCAUCUAAAUGGGGUUUGUAAUCCUCCUUCCCACCCACUCUCUUCACUCCCUGGGGCAAGAAUGUUGACUCCUGCUCUCCGUCACCUGUCAGGAUCCAUCCUCCUGUCACUGGCUUAUAUGGACACGUCAGCCCACCAUCACGUGACCGCAGGCUGCUAAAAACAGCUCCGACACCCACUCCAAACCAGGGCCUGAAACAAUGUCCUCCACCGAGAGAAACGUAAAGGACACUUGAUCACACAAUCCCUGGAAUAAUAUCCAGGAAACACUUGCUGGAACCACUCGCAGCACCCUUCCCUGGCAGCACACUUGGGGACAGCAAGGAGAUGAGUGCAUCUCUGAAUUACAAAUCUUUUUCCAAAGAGCAGCAGACCAUGGAUAACUUAGAGAAGCAACUCAUCUGUCCUAUCUGCUUAGAGAUGUUCACGAAACCUGUGGUCAUUCUCCCUUGUCAGCACAACCUGUGUAGGAAAUGUGCCAGUGAUAUUUUCCAGGCCUCUAACCCGUAUUUGCCCACAAGAGGAGGCACCACCAUGGCAUCAGGGGGCCGAUUCCGCUGCCCAUCCUGUAGACAUGAAGUGGUUUUGGAUAGACAUGGGGUAUAUGGACUUCAGAGGAACCUGCUGGUGGAAAAUAUCAUUGACAUCUACAAGCAGGAGUCCACCAGGCCAGAAAAGAAAUCCGACCAGCCCAUGUGCGAGGAACAUGAAGAGGAGCGCAUCAACAUCUACUGUCUGAACUGCGAAGUACCCACCUGCUCUCUGUGCAAGGUGUUUGGUGCACACAAGGACUGCCAGGUGGCUCCCCUCACUCAUGUGUUCCAGAGACAGAAGUCUGAGCUCAGUGAUGGCAUCGCCAUCCUCGUGGGCAGCAACGAUCGAGUCCAGGGAGUGAUCAGCCAGCUGGAAGACACCUGCAAAACUAUCGAGGAAUGUUGCAGAAAACAGAAACAAGAGCUUUGUGAGAAGUUUGAUUACCUGUAUGGCAUUUUGGAGGAGAGGAAGAGUGAAAUGACCCAAGUCAUUACCCGAACCCAAGAGGAGAAACUGGAACAUGUCCGUGCUCUGAUCAAAAAGUAUUCUGAUCAUUUGGAGAACGUCUCAAAGUUGGUUGAGUCAGGAAUUCAGUUUAUGGAUGAGCCAGAAAUGGCAGUGUUUCUUCAGAAUGCCAAAACCCUGCUACAAAAAAUCUCGGAAGCAUCAAAGGCAUUUCAGAUGGAGAAAAUAGAACAUGGCUAUGAGAACAUGAACCACUUCACAGUCAACCUCAAUAGAGAAGAAAAGAUAAUACGUGAAAUUGACUUUUACAGAGAAGAUGAAGAUGAAGAAGAAGAAGAAGGCGGAGAAGGAAAAAGAGAAGGAGAAGGAGAAGUGGGAGGAGAAGCAGCAGAAGUGGAAGAGGUAGAAAAUGUUCAAACAGAGUUUCCAGGAGAAGAUGAAAGCCCAGAAAAAGCUUCAGAGCUCUCUCAGGUGGAGCUGCAGGCUGCCCCUGGGGCACUUCCAGUUUCCUCUCCAGAGCCACCUCCAGCCCUGCCACCUGCUGCGGAUGCCCCUGUGACACAGGGGGAGGUUGUACCCACUGACUCUGAGCAGACCACAGAGUCUGAAACUCCAGUCCCUGCAGCAGCGGAAACUGCGGAUCCCUUGUUUUACCCUAGUUGGUAUAAAGGCCAAACCCGGAAAGCCACCACCAACCCACCUUGCACCCCAGGGAGCGAAGGUCUGGGGCAAAUAGGGCCUCCAGGUUCUGAGGAUUCGAAUGUACAGAAGGCAGAAGUGGCAGCAGCUGCAACGAGUGAGAGGGCAGCUAUGAGUGGUAAGGAAACUAGUGCACCUGCAGCUACUUCUCAGGAGUUAGUAAUCUGCCUAGUGCUUUUGGCUUUUCUUAUACUUCACUACAUCUGGAGUCAGAUUCAGUGCUUGAUUUUUACUUUAAUGGAUUGGAUUUGAGGCUCCUCCCCUCCAGGGACAGGCUGCAGCUCCAGCGAGUGGCAGUGGAGCUGAUUCUGAGCCAGCUCGCCAUAUCUUCUCCUUUUCCUGGUUGAACUCCCUAAAUGAAUGAUAUUCAUUCCAACUGCUGCCCCUCUGUCUGCCUGGCUGAGAUGCAUGUGGGCAGCAGGAAGCCCAAGUGAAAUUCAUAUUAUGCAGAUGAUGAAAGGGACCUCUGAACAGGAUUUCUGCAAAAAUAACCCCAAACUGUAAUUCCAGAUGACUUAUCUAACAUCUUGGGGGGAAAGAAUAUUUUGAGAAAAUAGUUGCAGAAAGCACUGGAAAUAAUAAACUUGAUCUUAUACAAAUCUUUUAUUGUGUGGAAAACGUUGUGAAGGGUGUGUAGGUGUGGUACAUGUGUAUGUCAGUAACAAGUGGCAAAUGGUGAAAAAAGUGGUCACUAUGCUCUUGUCUCUCAUAGGCACUGACUUUUUGUUAUUAUAUUAUAGUAGCUCUCAUUUCCUUUACUCUUUAACAGUGCAGGUGGUCAGUGAAAAUCAGUGUCAACUCAGAAGUGACUGAUUUAUCAAUACAUGGACAAAAAGUAAAUCAUUGACCAAAGCUAUGAAAUGUUUCACAAAGUUUUCCUCUUUUACAUAACAGAUGUCACUGGAUGUACAUUCAGAAAUGUUCUUUGAAUUUGGUGACACUUUCAUGGUCCAGAAAGCUGAAGGCCUGGGCAUCUCUUGUGACAUUUUUCUAAUAUUAGUUUUAGAUUUUCACAUAUUAGGCACUUUAGUUGAAUCUUCCAGCAAAAGCUGUCUACUUUCUCUUGUAUUCACUGUGGCACCAAUCUGGUAAAUUGUAGAACAAUUGCAUGUGUUUUAAUAUAUAUACAAACAUAUCACACAUUAAAUAUAUAUAUAUUUAAAUCAUGCUUUGUUAAUAUUUGUCCCACCAUAAUGCCUCCUUCAGAACAUAAGUGUAACUUUACUCUAUAUGAACUCUUAAAUAAAUGAUGUUUUUAAAA